CAAUAAUUUUUUUUCCACUUUUUCAUUCACUCGUUGUGAUGACUCAAUUGGCACUCACCAACUCGCUCUCUCUUCAUCACAACUUCAUUCCCAAUUACCGCCCAUUCUCUUCCCAAUCUCAAAUUCUCCUCCUUCACCCUUCUCCAUUCCUCCGGUUCACUCGCCAACCGCUUCACCCCCGGUUCAUCGUUUCCUCCGUCCAUCAACCUGAACCGGACCGGGUUCCUCCACUCAAUGCCCUAAAGGAGGAUUUGCUCUUGAAAUCUCAACAACAGGGUAGUCAGCUUAAGAACAGAGUUGUUUUUGGACUUGGCAUUGGGAUUUCUGCCGGUGCUAUUAUUUUGGCCGGAGGAUGGGUUUUUGCGGCAGCCAUGGCGGCAGCUGUCUUUGCUGGUUCACGUGAAUAUUUUGAAUUGAUUGGAAGUCAAGGAAUUACCGAAGGAAUGACACCUCCUCCGCUAUACGUGUCACGAGUCUGCUCUGUCAUUUGUGCCUUGAUGCCACUAUAUGUCAUGUAUCGUGGUCAUAUUGAUGUUUCUGUGACUUCUGCUGCUUUUGUUUUGGCGAUGGCGUUACUCGUGCAAAGAGGAAAUGCCCGUUUUGCACAGCUAACCAGUGCCAUCUUUGGGCUAUUUUAUUGUGGAUACCUUCCAAGUUUUUGGGUUAAGCUUCGAUGUGGUUUAGCAGCUCCGGCCUUGAACACAAGUUUAGGAACAACAUGGCCUGUGCUUCUUGGUGGUCAAGCUCAUUGGACAGUAGGUCUUGUGGCAACUUUGAUUUCCAUAAGCAGCAUUAUUGCAGCUGAUACAUUUGCAUUCAUUGGUGGCAAGGCAUUUGGCAGAACGCCACUUACUAGUAUAAGUCCAAAGAAGACAUGGGAGGGUACUAUUGUAGGAUUUUGUGGUUGUAUAGCUACUUCCCUUGUCCUUUCAAAAGUCUUCAGCUGGCCAGCAUCACCAUUAAGCGCAAUAGCACUUGGCAUUCUGACUUUCCUUGGGUCAGUUUUUGGCGAUCUCACAGAAUCAAUGAUUAAACGCGAUGCUGGGGUGAAAGACUCUGGCUCCCUAAUACCUGGACAUGGUGGAGUACUCGACAGAGCGGAUAGUUAUGUUUUCACCGGUGCGCUUGCGUACUCCUUUGUCAAAACCUUUCUUCCGCUUUACGGAGUAUGACAUGUAACAGAGGUAAUUGUUUCUUCAGAAAGUUGAUUGUAAAUAUUUAUGGACAUGCACCGAUAUUUGACCUGGGAUCAGAAGACAACAAUCACAUACAUAAAAUUUGAAGAAUCUUGUUGAGUGAACCAGAUGUAUUGUUGUGAUGAUCAUCACUUUAUUCAUCAUAAAAGGAACAACAGGAAAAGUCAGUUAGGUCUAGGGUUUAGGUAUGAAUUUCAAGUUAAACCGACUGCAUGUAAAAUCGAACUCUCUAAAAUUGAACAGAAUCUAACACGAUUUCAUUGAUUUUACUUGAUUUUGAAGAAAUUAAUUCUUUUUUCUC